AUGGAAGCCAAUAACAGUUUCACUGAAAAAGAAAAAAUGAUUGCUGGUCAAUUCUAUUUAGCAUCAGAUGCAGAGUUGGUCAGAGAAAGAUUAGAAGCACGUCAAGUUAUCCACAAAUUUAAUAAUAGUUUAGAUGUCGAAGAAAGAAAACAAUUAGUUAAAAAAUUAUUUGGAACUACUGGUGAAAAUAUCUAUCUUGAACCAACUUUAAGAUUAGAUUAUGGCUACAAUAUUCAUGUAGGUGAAAAUUUCUAUGCAAAUUUUGGUGCUGUAUUUUUAGAUGUAUGUCCAAUUCGUAUUGGUAAGAACUGUAUGCUCGCCAGUAAUGUUCAACUUUUAACUGCUGCCCAUCCAUUGGACCCAUAUGAACGUUGUGAUAAAGGUAUCGAAUUUGGCAAACCAAUUACUCUUGGUGAUAAUUGUUGGCUCGGUGGUGGUGUAAUUAUUAUUCCAGGUGUAACUUUAGGCAACAAUGUUGUAGUAGGCGCUGGUGCUGUUGUAACCAAAUCAUUUGGUGAUAAUGUUGUUUUAGCUGGUAACCCUGCAAAAGUUAUCAAAACUAUUACACCAAAAGAACAAGAAAAUAAAUAA